GUCCUAUAUUAUUUUGCCUUGCUUUGCGCAGACCACCAUAUUGUAAGUUCCAAGACUGUUGUAACCUAUUAAUCUCAUAAUAGCAUUGAGUGGUCCAGAAGCUGUCAGAUAUGGCUUUUCAUAUUGAUAAAUUACGCCAAAACUUUGAAAGUGACAAACAGUGGAUAGCCAGAAAGUUCAUAAACAAGCACAUUGAGAAGUACGAAGCAUGCAACAUAGAUCAGCUGCUGUCCCUGUCCAUGGUGUGGGUCAACCAUGUGUUCAUGGGAUGCAGGUAUGGCCCACAACUAAUGCGGAGAGUGCUUGAGAUGGCAGAGGGGAUUCAUGCUGGCGAAAUGCCCUCCUAUGAACUAGUCCCAAGUGGUGACGCAAAAAAGAGGCCAAUUUUGUCUGAUGGAAGAGAGGAGCCCAUGAGGAAGAUGCCCGUAUCAAAAUUUGGCUCAAGACCUCGAUUUGAGCCAGUGCAGUUUGUCAGUGGCAGCACCAGCAGCAGCAAUUGUCUAGGGAGUACAGAUGAGAAGGAAAACGAGAAGGAACGCAGGAGUGGAGAGUUAAACAGCGCGAGGGAGUGGGAGCCCGAUUUGCCAUACAACAGUGGGCGUGGCUACAGCUCUGCGUCUGCCUCUUCGUUUGACAGGGGGGCGUCGCAGGGUUUUGAUGCUUGGGCUGAACGUAGAAGCAAGGACAUGUCGUUCGGCAACAAGAGCGGUCUUGGCUAUGGCAGCAGAGGGUCUCCCUCAAACUUUAUGGGAAGAAUGCAGCAGGAGUACACUGCCAGAUAUGAGGCCCACAGUGCAAGACAGUCAGACUCGCCAUCUCAAACUAGUAGAUUUGAUGGAUAUGCAGGGGGUAGACCUGGGGGCUGGGAUUCUGGACGUCAAGGGUUGGGCUAUGGACAACAAGACAGACCAUCAUCUAGCAGGGCUUUUACUAGAGUAUACGACAGUCCAAGCAGGAGUAGCCCUGGCCUGUUACCAACACCAAAUAUGCCCGUUCCAAUUCCCCAAGCAACAGUAGAGGAAAAGCAGAGGUUAAUUGCAAAGGUUGCAUCUGCCGUCGCGGUCACUCUUCGAGAUCCUGCCUUCGUAGGUGGACCUGAUGGUCCAAAUUACAAUUUUAUUCUCAGCCGCAGCAUUCAAGCAUGUAAAACCAACCCUGAGUACAUUUACGUUAACUUAAAGGAUAUCCCUCCAGCUGACCUGCCUAAAAAUAGGAAAGUGCCAUCUGAGGGUUAUGCAUGUGAGCUGAGGUGUUCAUGUGUGUACCUUGCAACAGGGUACUCUGGAAGCAAAAAUGGUGCCAGGGAUCGUGCAUCGGAGCAGGCAGUCAAACUUUUUAUGAAGCCAGUGGAAGUCCGUGUUCUACAACGUGUGUAUAAGCGUAACUACGUAAACGACAUGGUCGUGUGCCAGGCAAAUACCCAAAACCCAGCCUUAGUUCCACCUCUCCGCAAUCCAGAGGAUAACCCACCUCCCAAUACCAAGGGUCAGUAUGUGCCUGAUAAAAGCAAACAUUGGUCAGAGUUUGUUUUAAUGGAGAAUGCCCAUGAUGCCAUCUGCAUGCUUAACAAUUCUGCUGCCUACAACCGCAUGAAAAUCGAUUACACAUUUGACCCCAUACCUAACAGCAAUCUUUGGCUGUGUAGUGUAUACUUGCAAGAUGAGUUCGUGGCUCAAGCCAGGGGAACUAAAAAGAGCUCUAAACACGCUGCGGCCGAGGAGGCUGUGAAAAAGCUGCGAAUGAACCAGGAAGCUCGCCAGCAGCAGGAACAUGAGGAACAGCACCAACAGCCAGCACCACAGUUUUCUCAAGCUCCCCAAGGUUUUUACAAUGCAGAGCAGCCCCCUGGCCGUUUCAGCCAGUUCGGUGGCAGGAAGAAGCAUCUCAGUGAACUGGUUAUUUUAGAGAACUCUGACAAUGCCAUUUGCAUCAUUAAUGACACGGCGCAGUUCAACAAAGUGGCUGCUGACUACAAAUUUACUGUGCUACCAGACCAUCGCUGGAGGUGUGAAGUUUAUAUAGAGGGUCAGUUUGUUGCUGCAGGCAUCGGACCCAAGAAGACGGUUAAACACAUCGCUGCAAAGGAAGCCAUUGCCACACUGAAGCGGACGCAGGCGGUGGUGAAGUCCAACCUCAGGAAGGAGGGGGACGCGGACGCCAUAUCCCGGAAUCAGAUCAUCGCUCGCUCUGGGGAGGAGGCGAUGCGACAGGAAAUCAAAGAGGAUAACAUUGGAAACCAGCUGCUUCGCAAGAUGGGCUGGACAGGUGGCGGGCUGGGUCGAGAGGGGGAGGGCAUUGCGGAGCCAAUCAUGGUAAAGGAACAGUUCACCAGGGAAGGACUAGGUAUGGACAUGGACAGACACGGCAAUCAGCUGAGUAAGCGUGAUAUUGAGGAAAUCAUACGUAACUAUGCUUGCUCUGAUCGUCAGGACGACCUGCGUUUCUCCACGGAGCUCAAUAAUGACGAGCGCAAGCAGAUCCAUCACGUCUCUCAAAAAUACGGCCUACGCAGCAAAUCCUACGGACAGGGAAGGCAUCGCUUCCUCGUGGUUAGUCGGAGAGUGCAGAAAGAUCAGCUGAUUGGUCAACUGUUGCAGGAGGGCCAGGUGGGACGAUAUGAGCUUGUGAAACCUCAGGCCUCUCACUGACUGGAAUAUGGCAGCCUAUAAAGCAACCUAUAAAUAUAAAUAAAUAUUUAUCAGUAUUUCUUAUUCCUGUUUCUGGAGCACCCGUGCACUGCAUAUCCUUUGGUUUCUGUGUUUCAGACACUCCUGUUCUACUGUUCACCUGCUUUAUCGGCUCAUUUAGAAGCCAAUUAUGAAGCACUUCAAGUAAUCAUUUUGCAAGACGAAAUAAAUACAACUGACACAAAGAGCAAGGGUGCUACUCUAGAAACAGGGAACAGGAAAUACUGCUACAGAUGACCGUUACUAUGAGUAAAGCAGUUGUACUUUUUGUUUAUUUGCUUCAAAAAGAGUGUAAAAUGUAUUUUUCAAAAAACACAAACACAAAUCACACACAACUGUGGGGUUGCUUCAGCAUUCUUAAGAGAGCGAUCAUCAUUUUGGAUGGAUGGAACACUCCUCUUCCCUUUCGUGUAAUGCCAUAUAGAUUUUGUCUAAGGUAAAGUUUGCGCUAGGCUAACUCUUGAGGCACUAUGAUGUACACAAGCUACCUUACUAACAGAGGUCUGUCAUGUUGUAUCCUGUGAUUUUUAAGGACAUGAACAUUAGUAGUGGGUCUUAGGGCAGCAUGUGCUCCUUUCGAAUUGAAACAUUCCAUUUCCAUUUUCAUCACAAAAACAUCCAUCACCUCUUCAUGUGCAGUUACUUAAAACAUUUAAAUUAUAAAAGAAAAAAGUAAAAAAAAAAAAAAACUAAAAACAAUUCAAGGGACGAAUUGCCAUCACACACCUACUAGUCACCUUCUGAUCAGGUAACCACUGCUAACAACAUCUUAAAAGAUCCCUGGCAUCAUUCGGAAGUUAGUUACUCAAACUGUCUUCCUUUGAUUAAUGCCUCAGCAACGAUUCCUGUGAUUUGCUUUCCUGAUGUCUCUUUAGGUUUUGUGAAUACUGUAAGUGUCAGCUUGUUUUGGCAUACAUAUUAAACCAAUUUAAUCUGUU